AAUACACAUAUGUAAUAUUAUGUGUAGAUAAAGUGCCACCGAAGUGUAAUAAUUUUGUAGUUGCUGUGUAGAGGAGAACUGUAAUUCGGAGUGAAUUACUUAAAUAACAAUAGUAAAGAUGACUGACAAUGAAUCCCAAAAUACUGGGGAAGAUCAGCCGCAGGAGAAAACUGCCAAACAAUUGGAAAAAGAAGCUAAGAAAGCUGCUAAGUUAGAAAAACUCAAAGCCAAGCUGGACAAGAAGAGCGCGGCACCAGCUGUUACGAAAGAAAAGCCAGAGAAAAAAAUUAAGGAAUCAAAAGAAGCGGCAGUGUAUACGGCCAACACAGCGCUUGGUGACAUGAAGGACAUCAGUGGUGCUAUGCCCGAUGCCUACAGCCCACGGUAUGUUGAGGCUGCAUGGUAUGCAUGGUGGGAGAAACAGGGUUUCUUUAAGCCAGAGUAUGGUAGGAAAUCAAUAUUGGAUCCCAAUCCGAAGGGUAAUUUCGUGAUGGUUAUACCUCCCCCUAAUGUCACUGGAACACUGCAUCUUGGACAUGCACUGACCAACGCCGUUGAAGAUGCACUAACUAGGUGGCAUAGAAUGAAUGGGCGUACAACACUUUGGAAUCCUGGUUGUGACCAUGCCGGAAUUGCUACACAAGUUGUGGUAGAAAAGAAGCUUUGGAAAGAAGAGAAGAAAACACGGCAUGAACUUGGCAGAGAAGAGUUCAUCAAACGAGUUUGGGACUGGAAGAACGAAAAAGGAGUUCGGAUAUACGAGCAGCUUCGGUCUCUCGGUUCUUCCUACGACUGGUCCAGAGUCCGCUUCACGAUGGACCCAUCAAUGUGCCGAGCUGUUAAUGAGGCCUUCAUAAGAUUGCACGACGCUGGAGACAUCUAUCGUGCGAACCGAUUGGUCAACUGGUCCUGUACGUUGAAGAGCGCUAUCUCUGACAUAGAAGUAGAUAAAUUAGAAUUGACUGGAAGAACUCUGUUGGCAAUACCAGGAUAUGAACAGAAGGUAGAGUUCGGAGUACUGGUUCACUUUGCGUACAAAGUUGAAGGCUCGGAUGAGGAGGUGAUAGUGGCUACUACUAGAGUAGAAACCAUGCUUGGGGAUGUGGCUGUGGCUGUCCACCCUAAUGAUGCCAGGUAUAAACACUUGAUAGGCAAGAAUUUGAUUCAUCCUAUUUGCAAUCGCAAGAUGCCCAUCAUUGCUGAUGAAUAUGUGGACAUGGCUUUCGGAACAGGCGCAGUAAAGAUCACCCCGGCCCACGACCCCAACGACUACGAGCUCGGCCAGCGGCACAAGCUGCCGCUCAUCAACAUCCUGUCCGACGACGGCACAAUGCUCGACAACUGCGGCCCCUUCGCGGGUAUGAAACGUUUCGACGUCCGUAAAGCGAUCGUCAAGAAGCUCGAGGAGUUGAAACUGUACAAGGAGACCAAGGACAACACCAUGGUGGUGCCGCUCUGCAGCCGAUCUAAGGACGUCGUCGAACCGAUGCUGAAGCCUCAGUGGUAUAUCCGUUGCGAUAAAAUGGCGGCUGACGCUAUUGCGGCCGUCAAGACCGGGGAGCUGAAGAUUAUCCCGGACGUCCACGAGAAGACUUGGUACCACUGGAUGGAGAACAUUCGAGACUGGUGCAUCUCCCGUCAGCUGUGGUGGGGACACAGGAUUCCGGCGUACAAAGUCUCACUGCCCGCUGCUCAUCAGGAGGCAGCGCACGUCGUUGCAGGCGGCAACACGGCGCCGCGCCGCCGCCGCUCGCGCUCCGGCCGCAAGAAGAGCCGCCGCGUGCGAGCGCGCGCCCCCGCCCCCACCGCCCAUAAAGAAGAAGAAUUAUGGGUAUCUGGUCACACGCAAGAGGAAGCUUUAGCCAAAGCCGUCUCGAAGUUCGGAGUUUCGGCCUCGGAGGUCACGCUGCGUCAGGACGACGACGUUCUGGACACCUGGUUCUCGUCCGGACUCUUCACCUUCUCCAUAUUCGGAUGGCCUGACGAGACUGACGACUUAAAGGCAUUCUAUCCUGGGACUCUGUUGGAGACCGGCCACGACAUCUUGUUCUUCUGGGUGGCCAGGAUGGUGUUCUUCGGACAACGUCUCAUGGGGAAGCUGCCUUUCAAAGAGGUAUACCUCCACCCGAUGGUCCGCGACGCUCACGGCCGGAAGAUGUCCAAGUCGCUGGGCAACGUCAUCGACCCGGUGGACGUGGUGCGAGGAGUCACCCUCGAGGAGUUGCACCGCCAACUGGAAGACUCGAACUUGGACCCGCGGGAAGUGGAGAAGGCGAAGCAAGGACAGAAGCAGGACUAUCCCAACGGCAUCCCGGAGUGCGGCACCGACGCGCUCAGGUUCGCUCUGUGCGCGAUGACCCAGGGCCGCGACCUCAACCUGGACAUCCAGCGCGUGCAGGGCUACCGGUUCUUCUGCAACAAACUCUGGAACGCGACCAAAUUCGCCCUCAUGUAUUUCCCGAAGGACUCCACGUACGAAGUGCACGGGCCCGAUCUACCCGCGGACUUGUCGCGCAUGGACCGUUGGAUGCUGUCCAAGCUCGCGCUCGCGGUCCAGAGAGUGAACGGCGGCUUCGCGGCCUACGAGUUCCCGGCGGCGACCACGCACUGCUACAACCUGUGGCUCCACGACCUGUGCGAUGUCUACUUGGAAUAUCUGAAGCCGGUGUUCGCGUUGGGCAGCGAGGAGGAGAAGUCUCGCGCCCGUCGCACCCUAUACACUACGUUGGAGUACGGCCUGAAGCUGCUCAGUCCGUUCAUGCCGUUCGUGACCGAGGAGCUGUUCCAGCGGCUGCCGCGGAGGGACCGGAGCUGCCCCUCCGUCUGCGUCGCGGACUAUCCGACGGAUCCGGAUACGCCGUGGCGUUCGCAGGAACUAGAAUCGACAGUGGACACGGUACUCAAAAUGGUUCACUUGAUCCGUUCGACUCGCGUCGAAUACAACCUGACCAACAAACAGAAGACGACAGUACACCUCAUCGUGUCCCCGGAACUGGACGCCGCCGACCUGAGAGGGAUCUUCAAGAGUCUGCAGUCUCUGGCCAACAGUGAACUGAGCGAAGAUGCUCCACCUAUAGGAUGUGCUAUAUUGACUGUAUCGGACAAGAUCGAAUUACAUUUGGUGUUGAAAGGCCUUAUAGACCCGCAAAAGGAAAUAACAAAAUUGGAAAAGAAGAAGGAAACUCUUUUGCAAACAAUCAACAAGCUUCAACAGGCGAUGACUGCAGAAGAUUAUACCACAAAAGUGCCGGUUGAAGUGCAAAAGAUCAACACCGAGAAACUGGCUCAAUCUCAGGGCGAGAUCGAGAAGCUACUGUCCGCCAUCGAAACAUUAAAACUAAUGUAAUUACAAACACGUAUAUAGACUAACCAUAGAGAAUUUUAACAUGGAAGUAACAUUUUGAAAAAUAUAGAUAGACCUAAGGUUACAAAUGCUACUUAUGUUAUGUUGCCUAGGAAUAAUGUCGACCCGCUGAAAGGUUAGGAUUUAUUAUUUUAAUGUAUAUAUUUAUGUAGCACAUUAUACUUUACAUUUUUACACGUUUAUUCAGCUUGUUUUUUAUGUAUAAUAUGGUUUUGAAUGUAUAUUUAUGCUACAAGAAGUUUUUUUAUUAAUUGUAAAAGAAACUGUGAUUAUGAAACCAAUACUUAUUGUUACAUUAAAUAAUCAGUUAUCUUUAAUUUUUUAUCUAAUAAAUUAUGCAUUCUGCAAA